AUGGAUGGCAUAUCUGGCUCCGGUACAAACGUAGGAUUCGUUUCUAGGACUGGAGCAAAUGAGCUAAGCUUCUCUUCCAAUACAUCUUCGCAUAGUAGCAAACUCAAUCGGACUUCACAAGGAAGCAUCCACAGAAUUAGUGGCAAUCGCUUAGGAAGGAACUUCACUGAUACGCCUUACGAUUUUGUAGAGGACGAUGACGAACGCAACGAGGCAGAUGACAGAUUGGAGUACGACACAUCUGGACUGGCUAUUCCGCGUCUACGUACAUCCAUGACGCCAUGGAGGUCUGUCGAAAGGACAAAAAAACGGGAAUCUAAACAAUCUUCUCCUACCACCUCGCGACCCACAACAAGAAACUCUCUAUUUUCUGUUGAUGGGGGCUAUACCGUAACAUCCAGUGGUGGGUCGAAUGAAGUCGAACACUUGCAAAAGCAACUUACCACAUACAAGUUAAAGGUCAGAACGUUAUUGGAGCUGAUAAAGCAAUUGAACUAUGGUGACGAUGAACAGAAUAUUAGAGACUCAUUCUACGGUAAGCUAUUGGCUACAAUGUCGCAGUAUGAUGAAAUAGAAGAUUUAAAAAGGUGCAUUUCUAAACUCGAAGAUGAGAGCCAAAUAAAACAGAAGCUGAUCUUCAGCUUACAAGAGGAAUUGACCACACUUCGACAGCAAUUACUCGAGACUAAAAAAGAGCAUGCCGAGACACUUGACUAUGCGAACGAAUAUCUUGAGCAUUCUGAAGUCUUGGCUAAUAACGUGGAUGAAAUGCUUACUUUACUAAUGGAUAAUUUAAACGUUUCCGAUGAAGAAAGAGAUGCUUUACAGAAAGCUAGACAAAUUUCCUCAUCUUUUGCUAUGGUUAAAAUGAAUGCAGUUAUGUCCACACUCAAGAGUUUUCUGAAGGAAUUAAAGAGCAACCAAGGAUUCCAGCAUGGUGUUAACGCAGACAAAUCUUCAUCAGACGCUGCUAUAGCAAACAGCACAACAAUAGAUGACAUGGAGAAAGCUACGGUAUCGAAUCAAAGCCCUGUGAUGAGCAAUGAAAAUGAUGCCACGGCUAGAGACACCUCUUGUGUAAUUGAUGAAUCCGUCAUUGAUACGAGACUUGAAAUUGCUAUUGAGGGACUCCAUGAGGAAUAUGACAGAUUCAUACAAAGUAUACGGGAAAAAAUGGAGAGCUCUGCAGACCUGGAGAAAUUACUUUUAAACAAAUUGUCUGAACAGGAUAGACUAUUGGGUCGCAUUUCGACGAGGGUGAAAGGGGAUCAAAACAGUGAUUCCCACUCAAUCGAAAAUAAAGUGACCAAUUAUGACAGUUCAGCAAUUUCUAGAAUGUCAGAAUCUUAUCAAGACCAUAUUGAUGAUUUGAAUACCCUCGUCGCUCAGUUAAAAACAAAUUUAGAUGAAAAGAACGGAGAUCUGGAACUAUUAAAGGAUAGAUUACAGGAGUUUAUACGUUUACAAAAGAGUGAACAACGCCUGAAGAUCGAACUGCAAGAUCAUGUAGAACUAUCCAAAGUAAAGGAAAGGAACUGGGAAAAUUUUACAAAUGACCUAGAGAAGACAGUAAAUAUUUUGCAAACUGAAAAGAUUAGACUGCUUGACAUGGUUGACCAGAUGAAUGCCGAAAUGGAUCUGAAAGUUGAAAAACUGGAUAAAGCUACCUUAAAUUUAAAACAAUCUCUUCAACUAUCAAAUAAUCAAGUGUCAGCCUUGAAGAAGGAAAACAAAAAUCGGGAGCAUAGUUUGCAAGAAAAUUCAAACAAGAUCAACAGCUUGACAACUGAAUGUUCUAAUCUUCAGAAAGUUGUUUCAGAAUACAAAAAAAGGACUUCAUGGAGCCAGAAAUAUGAAAGAGAAUUUCAAAGACUAAAGCAACAUUUAUUACUCCAUUUAGAGACAAUGUUCGGUACUCUAGGUAAAAUUUUGCAGCAAAAAUCCAUUGAGCAGUCUAAGAGAAAGUUAGAAGUUAUACGACGUUUGAAUGGUAUAAAUGAAGUUAACUUAGUACAAUCGAAGCUUGAAUCGCUUUAUAAUUUCGCGGAAACUGCUUUAGAAUCUAUCAUUGACUCAUAUAUGCGAAUGAUUAUAGCUGAAAAGGGCAAAAGCAGACAAUCAAGUAGCGGCAAUAAUAUCGAAAUGCAGCUUAGAAUAGAAGAAUUAGAAAGGAAAUGGGUUUCAGAACGGGAACGCCGUAAAUUAGAUAACGAUGCAGCUAGCAUGAGAAUAAGUCAACUAGAAGCUGAGAAUGAAUUACUAAGAGAGAAAGUUUAUGACAUGACAAUUCGAAAAUAA